UUGAUAGGUGCGAUUUCAUGCUGCACGUCCUCGCCGACCUGCCACACACAGGCCUGUUCAAGGCGUUGAGAGUGCAGCAGCACUCGAGGUAGCGAGGCAACGAGGAAGGGGGACAACAGGAGGUCUGGUGUGUGAAGGCGACAGCAGCAUGCUGCGCAUUUCAAUCAGCGUGCACUCGACUGCAGCGUGAGUGCAUGUGAGCCAGACCACAGCACAACAGCAAGCACAACAGCAGCACCACAGCACGCUGCUUUCACAACCCCACUACCCUGCUCACCAGGCCAGACCACAGCCGCUCCCUUUGUGCGCAGCAAGGACUCUUUUCAUAGUCAUCCAUCAGACCUCUUCUUCUCUUGGAACGAUGCCCUCACCAGGACCUCGCAUCUUCAUUUCAUUCCAGUCAAUUGAGGGUGCACGGGAGGCAGUUGCACUUCGACAGAGACUGCAAGCGCACGGUAUCGACCAUGUGGCCUUAAGCCCAGCCACCCGCAACGAUGCGCGUGUUGCAGACCUGACCCAGGACCACAUUCGCAACGCCGACCUCAUCGUGGUCCUGGGCACGAAGCUGUACGGCAAGCGCACCGCAGAGCUGUUCAGCAUGCACGACGAGCUGAGCUUCAUCAUUAAGGAGCAGAAGCGGGUGCUGCUGAUCCACAUGUGCCACAACUUCAAGUACAUUAGCACUCAGAACCUGCUCACGCGCUCUCAGCACCACUCUGGUAUCUGGUUCCCCCAGUACCAGUAUGCCACGCUCCGCGCGUGCGCGUCGAUGACAGCACUGUCGUCUUCAACAACAAGCGUCUCAGCAUUCUCAUCCUCGUCCUCCGUGUCCACCUUGACCCUGUGGAAGCCUGAGCCGCCAGAGGCAGUCAUCUGCAGCAUCUUGCAUCUCGUCAGCGGUGCAUCCAGUCGCGUCCACGAUGUGGCAGUGCACGUGUCGAGAACGAGGAGCGGAGAGCAGUCCCCAGCCCCAUCCACUCCACACCGACACAGCCAGGCUGCAACGCAUGGGCAUGAGUGUGAGGUCGGAAGCGCGACUGCCUCUUCUCAACUCACACGGUACUCAGAGUCGAUGGGUUAUUGGAACCCAGGAGCCACACUCACCCCAACCACAGCCAGGGCCACAGCCAGAGCGUCAACAAGGAGGAGAUUGCCGAAGUACAGCGACAGCAGCAGCCGCUCCAGCUGUGAUGACAUCAGCAGCAAAGAGCGGGGCACUGGUGGUGGUGAUACAGGGGUCUGUGAUGGAAGGGGUGGCGUGAAAAACACAGUGGAUGAAGCUGGUGUGAAUGGUGGUGAUGGCGAUGACAGCACGGGUAGUCAGGGUGAAGGGUUGCGGGCUGCGCAGCAAUGCCUUCGCUCCAUCCUGUGCGACCCACCUGCUGUGUAUGCUAAGCGGGCGGAAGCGCUGACAACAGCGCUGACAGGUAUCGUUGCCUGCAUGAUUGAGAGCCCCAGCACCAUCGUCAAUGCCCUGGCUGCGGAUGUACAUGCGACCAACACCAUCAUCGACGCCGCUCACAUGCAUGCGGGCGAUUACGAAGCCCAGAGGCUCGUCUGCUGCAUCAUUGAGCGCGUCGUUCGAAGACACACAUCUCAAUCCAGGCAGCGAGCGCACACACGCACAACCAAAGCCCCGACCGUAGCUGUUGGUGACGUGUCUAACAACAACAGCAGCAUUACCAAUAGCGUGUCUGACAACAACGACAACAGUAACAACACCAACAGCGAGGACGCCGCUGGCAGUGACCCAGGCAAUGGCUGGGUGGAGGUGCGGCAAGUGCUUCUGCGCAAAGUUCCUGCGCUGAUGCUGAUGGUAAUGUGGCAUCAUCAAGGAGACGAGUGUAUCCAGACAUGUGGGUGUGGGGUGCUGAAUAUGCUGGUGCGUGAUGCUGACGGUGACCGUGACGACGACAACGAUGACAGCAGUUGCGAUGGCUCAAUCGUGCUCAACCACAUGGUGGCAAAGGGCGGCUAUGCAGCCAUCAUCACGGCAAUGCACACGCACUCGAGCGUGCCAGCCAUUCAACGGGCUGGGUGCAAAGUGCUGGCCAAGCUCAUGCGUCGGUGUGCCAGCACUGUGUCCAGCGUGGUUGAUCUGGGCGGGGUUGAGGUGAUGACAGAGGCAUUGCAGCAGCACAAGGACAACGCCAGCAUCGCGCGUGCUGCCUGCCACUGCAUCAGCACUCUUCUCAAGCGUAUCCUAGGUUGCAUUCGUGGCAAGAGCACAAGUACCACCAGCGACAGCAGCAGUGGCGGUGCUGUGGGUGCGGGCAAAACGGCAGCUGCAGCACGCACCACCGCAAUUGUUUGUGACUGGAGUGGUGAUGUAGCUAGCGCUGCAAUUGCCACAGCGCUCCACCACCAGCGCAGCAGAAGUGUGCACGUUGCCUCACUGUCUGUGUUCACCACCCUCGUACCCAUCAUGCAACAGCAGCAACAACAGCGACAAGACUGGCAAUGUGUCCGCACCACAGCCGCCAAGCUGGCCACCGAGGCCAUUCACCGUUUCCGGGAUGAUGCUCCAAUCCUCAACCUUGCCCGCACGCUGCUGGCAUCUCUCAAGUAGCACGUGAUGUGAUGUGUUGUGUGUGUUGUGUGUGUGUGUGUGUGCA